AUGUCUUCCAUUUUCCUUCUCCAUGUCUCAUACCUACCACUACUCCAAGCUCUCUUCAUUACCGCAACCACGGCUUCACCAACUGACAUCUGGCACGUUAGCAUUUGGGAGGCGCCGGCACCUCCACCAGGGAAAGGCCCACCACUCGACGACCACUCCCUCCGAGAUCUCUCUUACCUACCAGCACAGAUUGCCUCCAUAAUCGGCGCAUACGUCCUCUCUGUCCUAAUCAUCGGCUCUGCCAUCCUAUUUGUUGGUCGGCGUCUUCGUCGUGCAACUCAAGCUUCACCAAGAACGCUCUCAAUGGAAAUGAUGAAGCCUGUGAAGCAUGACGUCUCCAAAGCCUUCGACCCCUCUCCAGUAUCUCCUUCGAAUAACAAUCUCUAUGGGCCAAGCCCAAACAGCACGAUUGAUAUGAAGAACAAUUGGCCAAGCCCGCAGAACAAAAGCGCUAGAAACAGUGAUGCUUGGGGCUCUAUAGCCAAAGGUCACAGGAAGCAACCGUCUGUAGUGAGCAGCGUUGUGACUUUUGAUGAGAGUGUGAUUGAAGACGACAAGGAAAGGAAUCAGAAGGAGAUGGAGCGACUGUAUGCUGCGGUGAUGGAGCAUGAUGAGAAGAAGUCCACAUCUGUCUCUCAUCUGCCAGACGAACAGCGACCUCAAAGCCCACCAGAGCUGCAACAUCUUCGCUCUACGCAGCAGCCAUUGGAACCUCCACCUCGCUCAGACACUGUGUCCCCUGCUCGAAUCGCAACAAAGUCACCUCGCGCCUCUUCUAGACCUAAGCCCCUCUCAUUCCACAGCCGCAACUCCUCACGUUCAUCACUUGGCAGCUUCAGCAAGAAACGCGGCAUUCGCAACCUUCCCAUCUCUCCUCCAAUGGGCUCUCCGGACCUUGCUCCAGGGUACAACGCCGGAUACGGCGAAGCAGAACCACUUACUCCUAGGGUCUAUGAUGACCCAGGUCCUCCACCACUCACACCACCUCAACGAAAAGCAUCUCAACCGCGGGACAAUGUGAUGGAUGCUUCGCGGCUCAGUCCGAGGAACGUGCAGUUUCAGGAACAUUCCAUACCGUCUAUUCGAACACCACGAACCUCUGUUCCCGCAUUUCCAGUGAUCGAAACAAUACCGGAGACAUAUAAUCGACCAGAAAUGCAGAGCAGGAACAGCAAUAGGUCCAAGACAAAGCGUACGCCUGCUCCUCUCGCACUUCGCACUCAAGCUCUUGUUGGCUCUGGGCCCGGCUCGAGCUCCAGCGCCCAGCACCAUCCUCUCCGCAGUGCUCCUCUCCCUUUGCGGAACCAGCACCCAACCAACUAUAACUCCGACCGUCCUCCAUCCAUGAUCAAAGCCACAGUGCUCGAGCGCAAAGCGCCAAAUGUUCAGAGUCUUCGUACGCCAAUGACUGGAGUGCCGAUGACACCGUACAGUCCGUAUAUGCCACGUACCCCGCUCACACCCAUGACGCCGAGUAGGCUUGUCACGAGGGCGGAGCGGAAAAGGAGGGAGAAGGAGGAGGGAAGGAGAGUGGCGACGAUUGAUGACGCUGUGGAGGAGGAAGCUGAUAUGUGGGGAGAUGCCUAUCCAUGA